UGCGGACAGACAUUUUUUUCGCAGAUUCUGGUCGAUGCUUGAUAUUGAACAGUUAGCAGUAGCCUGGACGCAGACCACGACAUAAAACAAAGAGCAAUUGGUGUCCACAUUGCUUGGGGGAGAUGUCUGCAGGAACGAAUGGCGCCAGGCGUGUUGCAACGCUGUUGAGGCCGUCAACAUUCGAUUCUGUUGUGUGCAGAAGCUGUCAAGAGACGCUUAGUCGCCGCGGAUAUGCCACUGCUGCAGAGUCCGCAGCUCCAGCGACAACACAGACCACACCAUCAGACACUACGAAUAGUUCUCCAAUCCUUACACCAAAGUACGACAUCAAAGCCGGAAUCGUCCUCUCCCGCCCACCCCGACUAACUCGCGAGCUCACCUCAUUCGAGAAAGCCUUCUACUUCUAUCAACGCCGUUUAAACGACCGUCUCGCCCUCCCCUUCACUCGAUACUUUUAUUUCAAGCGCGACACUCCCGCAGAUGUCGAUUGGAAGCGCAAGAUCAAAGACCGCCUAACACCCUCGAGAGAUAUCGGGCGAUAUAAUGCGUAUUCGAGCGAGGCGUGGAACGAUGAGUUGCUCGUUGGCUCCGUGGAGUCGGAGCCGGAGCAUCAGAUCAAUGCGCUGGUGAAAGAUGCUGAAGGGCGCGCCGUUACUGAAACAGAAGAAGCGGAAGGGAAGAAGGACGAGAUCCCGCGUCCGCUUCCGAGGGUUACGGAGGCGGAUGAAAAAGGGGACCACAGGAGCUUGGAUCGGCUGCUGCAUCGGACACUGUAUUUGUUAGUACAGGUUAAGAAUGGGGAGAAGGCAUUUUGGAUGUUCCCGAGUGUGAAAUUGGAGGAGAAGGAGAAUUUGAGGAUGGGAGCAGAACGCGCCCUCUUUAGCUCCGCUGGCCCCAACAUGAAUACCUGGAUGGUUGGCUACCACCCCAUUGGCCACUACGUUUACAACCUACGCAAACCAAAACCUAACCCGGAAGCGGGGAUAGAAUUCCGCGGCGAAAAGAUAUUCUUCCUUAAGGGCAGAAUUAUGGCUGGCCAGGCGGACCUGACGAAAAAUACGCAGGGUAUUACCGACUUCAAGUGGCUGGCUAAGGAUGAGAUUCAGAAGUAUGUACUGCCGGUAUAUUGGAGUUCGAUUAAGAAUAUGUUGGAGGAGAGAUAGUGUUUUGGAGGGAGGACUUUUCUUGGGUGAAGUUUUGGACAUCCGUAUAAUUUCCCGCUUUGUGCGCUUCAAAUGCUGAAUGGAAUAAGCCCUGGUAAGGAGCGGGGUCAGGUUUCAUUUUGGAGCUUUUCAUUCCCCCCCCCCCCCUUUUCAUUUCUCUCCCUUGUGUCGGUUUUUAUAUUUGUAUGCCUUCUGUAUAACUAGAUCUGUCGGGUUUGAUAAAGCUGUAUUUGUAUUCUAUGAUCGAAUUUUUUUCACGUCAAGGAAGGCCUGUUUCCUGUCCUUAGCGUAUCAAUUAGUGAAUUAUAUAUUUUAGUGUAUUCGCUGUUCAUAGAAAGAUGGUAUAAGAUCUUGAUUAACCUGGAACAAGACAUUCCUGACUUAAGAAUACAAAUCCCAGAAUCCUCCCUUUAAAACACCAACCUUAACUCCAUCUCAAAACCCAAGGCGAAUAAAGAU